AUGGGAGGAGAAUCCAGUUUUUUAGCUAUUGCACCACCAGUCUUCGAUGGAGACAAUUAUCAAAUGUGGGCAGUUCGUAUGAAGACCUAUCUAGAGGCUUUGGAUCUUUGGGAAGCAAUAGAAGAGGAUUACGAGGUCCUUCCACUUCCAGCAAAUCCCACUGUAGCACAAAUCAAAGCUGAAUAUGAAGAAGAUGAGAGGAUUCGUGGAAUGAGAGUCUUGAAUUUGAUUAAGGAUUUCGAGUUGCAGAAGAUGAAGGAGUCUAAAUCAGUGAAAGAGUACUUUGACAGACUUCCUAGCAUUGCCAACAAGGUGAGAUUGCUUGAGCUCUUGAAUGCUUUACAAGCACAAGAUCAAAGGAGCUCUAUGAGCCAAGAAGGGGUGAUUGAAGGUGUCUUACCUGUUAAUCAUCAAGACAACAACAUGUAUAAGAACAAGACAAUUUUCAAAAACGAAUCGACGAAUGAAGAUUCAUCUGCCAAUUAUCAGAAGACAAAAGGAGGAGGUUUUAAAAAAUCCUAUCCACCUUGCCGUCAUUGUGAGAAGAAAGAUCAUCCACCAUACAAGUGUUGGAGAAGACCUGACGCCAAAUGCUCGAAAUGCAAUCAACUUGGACAUGAAACUAUGAUCUGCAAAGUCAAAGGACAGAUGAAAGAAGUAGAUGCACAAGUAGUUGAUCAAGAAGAAGAAGAUCAAUUGUUUGUGGUCACUUGUUUCUCAGGCAAAGAAUCAAGGGAGAGCUGGUUGAUUGACAGUGGGUCGACAAAUCAUAUGAUAUAUGACAAGGAGUUUUUUGAGGAAUUAAGAGUCACUAAAGUCAAGAGAGUGAGGACUGGCAAUGGGAAUACUUGGAAGUCAAGGGAAAAGACAUAG